AUGGGAUUCUCUAAAGCUAUGAAGGGUGUGGUCAACAUUCCAGGUUCUACAUUCAGGAUGCAAUCUAUUCUUGAUAAAGAAGGGUUUUCCUCAAUUAAAGCUUCGGCAUUGGGUCCGUGUCUUCUCUUAUUGGAGGAAUCCAAAAAUGGAGCCUUGGAGGAACUGUUAGGGGAAUGUGAUGCGAGAUGGAAAGUGUGGUUUUCGGAGGUAAGAAGAUGGAACAAUAAGGAGAUGGAUAAGGAGAGGCUAAUUAGGGUGAAAGUCUAUGGUGUCCCGUGCUUUGCUUGGCAUAGAAAUUUUUUUGUGGCGUUGGCGAAUUCGUUCGACAAGUUCGUUUGUUUGGAUGAGUAUACUUCUAAUGGCAGAAAUUUCGAUACUGCGAGAAUUACGUUGAUUGUCAAGUUAUCGUUUAUUCUUCAGGAGUCUUGUGUGGUGAUCUAA